AUGCCAACCGAGUCGGAUCUUGCUGGGCUUUCUGCGCUCCAGACUGAGCAAGUGAAUCCACACAGUCGCCAGAUUGACCAAGUUCCUACUCUUGAACUUUGUCAUAUAAUUAACAAUGAGGAUGCAACCAUAGCGGGAGCCAUUGCCAAAUGCAUUCCUGUCAUCGCAGAGGCCAUAGACAAAAUUUCAGACCGAGUCAGGAACGGUGGAAGAGUGAUUUAUGUAGGCGCUGGAACGAGUGGCAGGCUGGGUGUCCUCGAUGCUUCCGAAAUCCCCCCUACAUACUCUGCACCGGAGGGUCAAUUUGUCGCAAUCAUCGCUGGAGGCGAUGUGGCGCUCCGGUAUGCUCAGGAAGGGGCAGAGGAUGAUGUGUAUGCUGCUGCAAAUGAUCUCAAGGCUCUGAAACUUGACGGCAGCGUUGACUCACUAAUAGGUUUGGCGGCCUCUGGUCGAACACCGUAUGUACUGAGCUGUCUCACAUAUGCUAAGCAGCAUGGCUGUUUUACGGUCGGGUUCGCAUGUGCUGAGCCUUCAAAAAUGAGUUUGGCAGAUGAUAUUGACUGUAUGAUCAGUGCGAUUGUCGGGCCAGAAGUCGUGACUGGGAGUACGAGAAUGAAGGCAGGCACAGCUACCAAGCUUGUGCUUAAUAUGCUGAGCACAGGCAUCAUGAUAAAAACUGGAAAGACCUUUGGCAAUAUGAUGAUCGAUCUGAAAGCCACGAACCUCAAACUCCAACAACGGUCACGGAAUAUAUUGCGAAACCUCUGUGGGGCGAAAUGUCCUGAUGCGGAUGAGGAGCUUGAUGCCCUGCUGAAAACCAGUGAUGGGAACGUCAAAGUCGCAAUGGUUUCGUUAAGCCUAGAUAUUCCGGUUCCAGAAGCCGUAAACCGGCUGAGGGAAGCAGGAGGUGUGCUUGCAAAGGUCUUGCAAGAGGACCAAGUCGCACGAACACUACCACGACCCAAUGGCACGGGCCUUGAAUAUUUCCUCUGUAUAGAUGGAGGUGGUAGCAAAUGUGCUGCUGCUAUCAUCUCAGCAGAUGGUGUCACCAGUUAUGGCGAAGCUGGAGGAUGUAACGUAACAGAUGUUGGUGUGCAAGCUGCGACAGAGUCAAUCGAUCUUGCGAUUCAGCGAGCUGUUGACUCGUCGCCAAUUUCGUCGGGGAAAAGUUGGCGAACACUUUCACUGUCCUCGAUUUGGGUCGGUCUUGCAGGCUAUGAUAGACCGUGCCUUGCUGCCCAAGUCGAUCAGGCUCUUGAGAAGCUGUUCUGCCGUCAGCGAGGGCCUAGACUAAAGGUGACAAACGACAUUGAGCUCCUUGCACUCUCAGCCCUUGAGAAACAUAAAAUAAAUUCUACCAUGGUGCUCAUCGCUGGGACCGGGUCCAUUGCCAUGAGCUAUCAAAGAUCCGGUGAUCAACUCUCCCGAACCAGUCGAGUCGGAGGUUGGGGUCAUAUAAUCGGUGAUGAUGGGUCCGGCUUCGAUAUUGGUCGGAAAGGCGUCCGCCAUGCUUUGGCUGCUUUGGACGAUUUCAACUUGAAGAACUAUUCUGGGCAUCAAUAUACUGAGCUUGACGAAUUGACCCAACGAGUGCUUGAGUAUUACAAGCCAGAGUCAGAAUCGGAGCCUGGCUAUGAUCUGCUCAGUCGAGUCUUAAACUCUAGCCUGGACGUUCAGAGCAAGGAACACAUCGCCCGACUUGCGAAGGUCGUGGUGGAGUUGAGUGAAGACAAUACUGAGGCAAAGAAAAUUGUCUCAAACGCGGUGCAGGAUCUGCUUAACCUUCUACGUCCGAUCGCAAUCUCGGGCCAGCAUGAUGUCAGAAACUCUGUCUUAAUACUCGCAGGGGGGUUGAUGCAGAGCAGCAUCUUCCGCAAACGACUAGAGGAAGAGCUGGAAAAGACCAUUCCCCACUUCAAGGCUAUUGAGCUCAUAAAAAACCCGGCGAUCAUGGGUGCUCAACACUUGCUGCUGGAGCAUUGA